UGUGUUGACCCAAAUCUUAGAAAUUGAUGUCAAACUCUUUUUUAACUUGACGUGAAAUAAAACAAAUCUAUUACAAAUUAAAGAAAUAAAAAAUGUCUGCAGCAAAAAUCAAGGUCCUAAGCAAAUCCCAGGAGUUUAAUAUAAUGCGUUCCGAGUACGACCGCAGAGUAAACCAAUUGGAAAAAGAUGUUUUCGAGUGCUGUCGAGUCUUGAAUAAAAUCCGGAAAGCUGAAGAGUUAAAUAAUAACUGUUUUUCAGCAAAAAACGGAUCUAAAGAAGAUAAGUUUGUAUCCUGGGAGUUCGAUUUGCGAAACUUCCCAGUGGAGAACAUUGCGAUCAAGCUCAAGGAUAAGCUCGUGUAUCUUUGGGCCUAUAAAAGGAACUUAGACUUCAAACAAGAAAUAUUGUUGCCCCAAAAUGUGGAUAAGUCCAAAUUAACGGCUACUUUGACAACUCGCGGAAUUUUAACCAUAUCUGUUUCAAUAAUUACCGCUAUGAGAUGA